GUGGAAAUUUCGAAUUGAUUGCGGAGUUAACAGAUGGAACUGAUCUUAAUUGGUUCUUUUCCGACAUGAUUCUCGAUGAAUUUCGUCGAAACUGGGUCCUAAUUUUGAGAACGGAGCUCGAAUUGGGAGUUCUUCAUCGACAUGGAAUCAACAACCGAUCCUACGCCAGAGAAAGGGAGCGAGAGGCUUGAGCAAGACACUGAGAAGGAAAAUGAGGAUGGAAACCAGACUCAGGAUAAUGUGAAAGAAACCGAGAACAAGGAACCAAGAGAGGCAGUAGGAGAAGUAGCUUCUGUUGUGGAACAUCAUGAUUCUCUUUGCCCCAUGGCUGUUGAGAAAGGUGUUGCUUCUCAAAGUGAUAGUGUUGCCAUAGAGACUGGAACCAAGGAAGAUGUAAUGGAAACCGAGAAUGAGGAUGCAAGAGAUGCUGUCAGAGAAGUAGCUUCUGUUCUGGAACAUCAUGAGUCUCCCUGCCCCAUGGUUGUUGAGCAAGGUACUGCCUUUGCUUCUCACGGUGAUAGUGUUGCCGUAGAGACUAUAACAAAGGAUUGUGGCCCACCAAAAAUGGAUGUUGAAACAACCCAUGUUGAUGAGAACACUCGAUUAGAGAAUAAUCCAUGUCUAAAUCCUUCUCCUUCAACAGCUGUAGAACAAACUGAGGUGUCUAGCCAAGAAAGUUUAGAUAUCUCAAAAAAUCGAGUGGAUUCUGCCAAGGUCAGUGGAGACACCCCAGCUGCCCAUGAUAAAACUGCACCAAAACCUGAUUCCAAACCUACAGAAGACAAAGCUUCACAAGAACCUGCACUGAAAAUCACGGGAGACCACAAUAAUGAUCCUGUCAGGACUGAUACCGAAACCAUGAAGGAGAAUGAUAAAAGGAUAGGUAAGGUAAACACUGAUCAUCAUCAUCAUCAAGAAACCAAGACGGAUCAUGAUAAAGGGCCAGAGGUGCCUGGUUCUAGGGUUGUGUUAAAUCAUGGGAAUGAGCCAUCCAUGCCUGACAUGGAAACCUCAACACAUCCGCGAAAAGGGCCUGACCUGCCUGUCUCUGAGGCCUCAACAGACAUUGACAAAAAGUCUGAUGUGUUGGCUGUGGAAGCCCUUGAAGACAAUGAAAAAGGGUUUUCUGCCAUGCCUGCUACCAAAAUAUCCUCUGAUCAUGACAAAGGAAUCGAUACUCAGGAGGCUGAACCUAGUAAAGAUACCAAAGAUGGAGUUCCUGAUUCUGAAGUGGUUGAUGAUGUCAAUGUUGACUCUGUUGUUUACAAGGAUGUCAGUGUUGAGCCUGCCACAGAUGCGGAAAAGAAAGAUAAUUUUGGAGCACUUCAAGGGAAAGAUGGUGAUUGUGAGGAUGCAUCUAUGAAGCAUGAUAAUUCAGAACCCGGUAUUCUUUGUGUUGCAAUUUCAGAUGUAAAGUCUGAAGAGGGAGGACAAGGAGAUUUAAAUAAUGAGGUCCACAAAAUGGACUCAGUGCCUGCUACCUCUGAUGGGACCAUGGACUUAAAGCAUUCUUUCCUCUUGGAUGAUAUGUCUGAGGGGAAUGAAUCAGGAACAGAAGAUGAGCAAUCUGCUUUCAUGAAAGAACUAGAGAAUUUCUUUAGAGAGAGAAACAUGGAAUUUAAACCUCCAAAGUUUUAUGGGGAGGGACUAAACUGUCUUAAAUUGUGGAGAGCUGUUACUAGAUUGGGUGGAUAUGAUAAGGUUACUGCCUGCAAGUUGUGGCGGCAAGUAGGAGAGUCUUUCAGACCCCCAAAGACAUGUACAACAGUAUCAUGGACUUUCCGAGGAUUCUAUGAAAAGGCUCUUCUGGAAUAUGAGAGGCAUAAAGUCAAUGGAGGUGAACUUCAAAUGCCCCUUGCUUCUAAUUCAGAACCAAUGAAUAUUGAUAGCCAGGCUUCUGGGUCAGGUCGGGCUAGAAGAGAUGCAGCAGCUCGUGCAAUGCAAGGUUGGCACUCGCAGCGUCUUCUUGGAAAUGGAGAAGACAAGAGUAGUCCAGUUCCUCAACAGAAGCGCGACAAACAGAUAGGAACUCCUGCAGGUUUGCUUAAACGCAAGAGAUCAGUGCCCACAGAACAUGGUGCAAAAUCUGGCCACACCCAAGUGUCAAAACCUCUGUCAGAUGUGACAGUUGUGGAUGUCGGGCCACCAGCUGAGUGGGUGAAGAUUAAUGUAAGGAGGACGAAAGAUUGCUUUGAGGUGUAUGCUCUAGUUCCAGGUCUUCUCCGCGAAGAGGUCAGAGUCCAGUCAGAUCCAGCGGGACGCUUGGUUAUAAGUGGGGAACCCGAGAACCCUAACAAUCUCUGGGGAGCUACUCCUUUCAAAAAGGUUGUAAGCUUACCCGCUCGGAUAGACCCACAUCACACAUCCGCGGUGGUGACUCUAAACGGCCAGCUAUUCAUCCGGGUCCCUCUCGAGCAAUCUGACUAAAGCCGGGUUUCGCAGUUUUUCCUGCAACACAAACUAAACAAGCCAACUUCAGCCUCACUCACGACCACCAGAAAGUGGGAAGAGAUCUGAUGAGACACACAAGCUAGAACUAAUUCUGAGUCUUUUGUUUUUGGUCUUGUAUUGUAAGUUUUCCUUUGUCCAUAGGAAUGAACAUUACAAGAUGAAGAAGAAGAAGAAAAUAAUGAUAAUUUAGAACUUUCAGAGGCUGAAAGAGAGUUCAUGAAGACAAUUGUGUGGGGAUAAGAUGUUGAAAAGCAUCUUUGUAUCAAUGGGUAGUUUACAUUGUUAUGUUUUCACAGAAUCCAUUUGGCUUGCAAGAAAGACAUUCACAAAAGUGAUUCUCUUCCUGUUUUUCUUGA